AAUGGCGUUCAGAUUCAGAACUUUCUCUUUGUUCAUCGUUUUGUUGUUUGUUUACAUUUAUGCAUUGAAAAACAGCGUAAAAUUUUGACACAAACGAAAACUGUUAUUUUGUAUCUUAUAAUUUUCACCUUUGUCUUCGUACGAAUGUGAAAUGAUUGGACAAUCACAUGGACAAGCAACUUUUUACAGCGAUUAAAUACCAAAAUAUUCUGUAUGUACUUAUGAAUAUUAUUUUGGCAACAAAAUUGUUGGAGCAGGACGAUGCAAAUCCAAACCAUGUGGAUUUUAAUAUUGGAAUCGCUCCAAUCCACCUAGCUGUUGGUUUAAGCCAUCCAAAAGUUACGGAAAUUCUUAAAAUAAUUUUAAAGUUUGGGGGAGACCCAAAUUGCAGAGCUGCUGAUGGAACUACUCCAGUUCACGUAGCUGCUGCGUGGGGCAAGUGUGAUGUCUUGGAGGUGUUAAUUUGUAACGGCGGUGAUGCGACGUUGACUGAUAAUGAUGGGCUGACUGCUCUUGAUUAUGCCCAAAAAGAAGGAAACAAAGAAGUCAUUGAAAUUCUUAGGAAGUCUUUUUAUUUAGAGGAACAAAACAAUCACGAUCUCAGCCUUGAACAAUCAGAGCCUAAAUUUACAAUUAAAUUAGAGAGGAUUGGAGUUGAAGAUUUAAAUAUUCAGGCAAAUACAUGUUUUGAUGCUGAAAACAUGUGUCUCGGUUUAGAGAGUUUAAAUAUAAAUGAAGGUCGUAGCUCAUGCACAAGCGAUAAAGAUGAAAAAAGUCGGAUAAAGAAGGAAGUGGUGGAGUGGUGCCAUAAGUAUUGCGGCUUUCAAAAGUCUGAUGAGGAUGAUAAAAGUGCACCAGAUUCUGCCUGUGACGAAUUCUUUUCGUGUGGAAGUCUAAGUGCUGGUCAAAGUACAAUUGUGUCAGAAGUCUACAAAUAUUGUGAUGAGUCUAAAGGAGUGACUCUGUUUGAGAAGAGGAUUUUGCCAAUGAACGCAGAAAUGGGGCUGAAAUGUUGCAAAAAAAAAUCUCAAAGCUCCAGUGAUGAAGAAGAAGUCUUACAACGCUCAUGCAGUAGCCUGCCGUCCUUGCAUUCUGAAUUAGGCUAUAGCACGGACUCAUUACGGAAUGAACUGAUUGAGCGUGGCUUUACACCAGGCCCUAUUACAAAGUCCACAAAAGUUGUUUAUCUCCAUAGACUAGCCAGACUAAAAAAAGGCCAACAACAAGAAACUUCAGCACAACCUCAAGAAAUAAUAAAGUUCAGCCGAGAACUUGAAAAAACACUUCAAGAUAUUUCUAAUUUCAAUCAGAUGCCAGCCGUGGAGCUCGAGCAGAUUAUGGUGGAAGAAUUCAAUGCGUCCAUAUUGAAAGGACGCAAGUGGCGUGGUGGAAACAGCAAGAAUUCUUUUACAUACCUUCUUCUUGACCCAAGGAUUUCCGACAAUCUUCCACUGCGAUCUUCAUCCUUGGAACUAUGCGAAGUUUGGAAAGCUUUUGUAAGCUCUAUUUUCUACGUUGGAAAAGGCAAAAGAUCUCGCCCUUACUCGCACCUUUACGAAGCUGUUGACGUUUGGUCUGGAAAGAAAGUUAAAGAUGGUCCAAAAAUUGAGCGCAUUUUGGACAUUUGGAACAGCGGCGCAGGAGUUGUCUGUUUGCAUGUAUUUCAAAGUGUGAUAGCUGUUGAAGCUUUCACAAGAGAAGCUGCGAUGAUAGAAGCUCUAGGUUUGAACAAUCUGUGUAAUUUAAAAGCAGGCGAAUAUUAUGGAAAGGUGUCAACAAAGUCUUCGAACGUUAGGUGUAAUUUUGGGGUUUAUUUAUUGCAGAAUGCCAUGAAGAUCCUCCUUCACGAAGGAGAGCGCCAAUUGUUUCCCAAUGAUAUAAGCUAGUCACUUUAUUUGCUUUAUUUUUAUACUCUAUAUGUCUAUAUUCAUUGCAGUAAUUUUAUACAACUAUUUAUUUUUAAUAUUAAGCUACAAGUUGCUACAUCGUGAGCAUAAAUGCAUAUACUUGUAAAUAUUUAAUAACCGUGUGCCUUUGUCAUUGCCUUUUUAUAAAAAUUCUGAAUUUUCUUAUGAGGA